CGAGCCGCAAGUUGCGCAACCCGCCAAUAGCGCAACUUUGUAUUACUACAUAGUAAUGCCGCGUCGUUUUAAUGUCGCCAAUAUCACCAACUUCAUUCAACUUCAUCUCCAGGCCCACUUCAUCAACAACAUCGACAAUAUCGACAACUGUAUUAGCAACGCCCUUAUUGCCGGGUGCCUGGUUUAAUACCUAGGGUGACCAAAUCUGUUUUUUUCCUUUUCGUGUCACUUUAUUGGUGUAUUUAUUUAUCAGCCAUUUCUCAUUUCUCGACCCUUCCAACAAUUUAUAUCCUUCCCCUUCUUACUUGCCCCAUUUCGCGUUGUAACCACGGAGUCCUUGCUGGCUUCGUAGUUAUUAUCAUUCACACUGGAUGAUAAUAUGGGCGUCAUUCGCAAAAAGACAGCCACCAGGGGUGGAGAGGGUGGUGUCAAAUAUGUCUGCGAUGUCUGCUCUGCAGAUAUCACAUCCACGGUGCGAAUAAGAUGUGCUCAUAGUGCAUGCAAUGAGUAUGAUCUCUGUGUCCAAUGCUUUGGUAGUGGAGCUAGCAGCGGUUCGCACCAGCCUGCCACCCAUCCCUACAAGGUCAUUGAGCAGAACUCCUUCCCCAUCUUUGAUGAAGACUGGGGUGCUGAUGAAGAGCUACUUCUGCUGGAGGGCUGUGAGAUUUACGGCCUUGGUUCAUGGGCAGACAUCGCAGACCACAUCGGUGGUUACCGCCACAAAGAUGAGGUUCGAGAUCACUAUCUCAAGGUCUAUGUGGAUUCUCCCCGCUUCCCUCUGCCGCAGCGUUGCAUGCCCUCCGAUAUGGAACUUUCUCAGCAAGUCACGCGCGAAACUUUUCAGGCCCGUAAGAAACGAAGAAUCGAGGAACGUCGUGAAGCGCAGAAGAAUGCGCCCCCUCUGCCUCCCAAGACGAAGCCAACAGCUAGUGUUCCUUCUUGCCAUGAGAUUCAGGGCUACAUGCCUGGCCGACUCGAGUUCGAGACUGAGUAUGCCAACGAAGCUGAAGAGGCAGUUCAACUCAUGCAGUUUGACCCAGGCGACGGUAUCAACCCUCGCACUGGCGAGCUUGAACCGGAAAUGGAGCUCAAGCUCACGGUUAUGGACAUCUAUAACUGUCGCCUCACUCAACGUGUAGAACGCAAGAAAGUCAUCUUCGAACACAACCUGCUAGAUUAUCGAGAAAACACUAAGCAGGAGAAGAAGAGAAGCAAGGAGGAGCGAGAUCUACUAAACAAGGCCAAACCUUUUGCACGCAUGAUGAACCACGACGACUUUGAAUCAUUCUGUCAGGGUCUUAUCGAUGAAUUAAACCUCCGACAGGCGAUCGCGCAAUUGCAGGAUUGGCGAAACAUGAAGAUCGGAGAUCUUCGUAGUGGUGAGAAGUACGAGCAGGAAAAAUCUCAACGCAUCCAGAAGGCAAUUCCAAUGGGCUCGAUGGACCGCGAGCGACUAGCUUCGGCGCAGCGAUCCAAGCAGAACGUUCAGCCAGAACCACCCAGCGGAGCUGCCUUGUUAGUUGCGCCAGAGCUCCCGCUUCGGUCAAUUACGAAUGGAGCAGAACCCAAGGCCGCGCCAGAUGUCCCGAUGAACGGCGAUUCCAAGCCGUCUACGAAUGGACACGCGAAUGGAAUUGUCAACGGUGCCGCCACCGGUGAUGCCUCAAGUUUAGGCAGGCAGAAGUUUAUCUCGUUGCCGAUCUCGGGAGUACAACCGCUACCGCUCACUCAAGAUAGCACCCCAGAUCUACAUCUCCUCACGCCGGAAGAGGCAGAGCUAUGCCGAGUGUGCCGACUCCAACCAAAGCCGUACUUAAUGAUCAAGGAACAAAUUUUGAAGGAGGCUCUAAAGGUCAAUGGCGCUCUGAAGAAGAAGCAGGUGAAAGAAAUUUCCCGACUGGACUCGCAGAAGGGAAGCAGAAUCUUCGACUUCUUCAUCAAUUCUGGAUGGAUUGCCAAGGCUUAAUACAUCGAUGAAGAUCUAAGGCAAUAACUCACACACCUCUUGUUUGCGACGGAUCUUUGCGAGGAAAGACACGAGUUGAUACCACGACUAGAAUGAUGCAGUGUUUUCGCAGUUUAUUGCUUUCCUUACAGGCAGACUAUAAUUAUUCAAGGGCUUGUAGAAUCAUAUCCUUCUAGGGAUCAACGAAGUGGUUCGCGGGAGGCAUGGUAUGGCAUAGCAUGUAAUGAUACCCUUACUCUGCCUAGGUCUUGGGGACCUUGUGCGGCAUAAACAACAGUGAGGCUAGCUAGAGCAUCGUGGCCUAGUGUUUCAAGGCCACGGGUGUAUGACCUCAAGAUACCCAUACGAGCUACCUACUACAUAGUAUGACUAUAGUAGGUAGGUAGACGUGUGUUAGCAGUUUAAUAGGCAGUGCAAUUUUCACAUCGAGGGUGUGAAUCAGUGCCAUAAUUCCAUUUUUCUUACUCGAAAAUGAAACUACCCUAGGUCCAUACAAAAAAAAACAAGAC